AUGUCGUCGUUGAAACGGUCGUCGAAGACCGGUCAGCGGAUCCAUCGUGAACGUACUCAGCCAGAAUCGCGGGCACAUUUUGGUCUUUUGGAGAAAAAGAAGGAUUAUAUUCAGCGUGCUCGAGAUUACAAUUACAAGAAGGGAAAGUUGCAAAGACUAAGGCAGAAGGCAUUGAAUCGAAAUCCAGAUGAAUUCCAUUUCCAUAUGAUUCGAAGCCAUAUUGGAGAAGAUGGAGUACAUUAUGAGAGUAUUCCAGAACCUGAUGAGGAUACGUUAGUGCAAAAGAAGUUAAAGGAUUUACAAAAUUUGAAAUAUGUGAAGCAUCGAUUGAAUGUUGAAAAUCAAAAAAUUGAAAAACUGAGAGCGACCUUACACUUUGCGGAUACUGUAGUUGCAAAAAAUACACAUACCAUUUUCGUGGACACAAAAAAAGAAGCAAAAAGUUUUGAUCCGGUGAAGCAUUUCAAGACGUUGAAGGAAAUCUUGGAUCGAAGAUAUAAUCGACCGCGCAUUUCUACUCUUCAGACUAGUGGCAUUAUAAACGCCAAAAGAAAAGAUGAUGUGAAGCAAACAGAUCACGAGCGGAGAAAAAUGUACAGUGAAUUAUUGAAGAGGAUGCAACGUGCCAACGAACUGAAGAUUGUUGUUGAGAAAUUAGAAGUUAAGAGAAAUGUAGUGGAAAGUAAAGGGAAAGAACUGCGGCCCAAAAAGAUAGCGAAGGAAGAACUGAUGAAAGCACCGGUAUAUAAAUGGAUUUAUGAAAGAAAAAAAUAA